AUGGACUGGAUAGCGGCGCUCAACGACAGGGGCAUUCGCGAGAUGAGCAUCGUGGGCGACAGCCACCAGCGCUUCCUGGCGGCGCACCUGCACUUCCUGCUCAUGGGGCAGGCGGACCCGAGUGUGCGGCGGGGGCAGGACGACCUGGUGUUUCAUGCGUUCGACGGCAGCAGCGGCACGCUGAGAAUCAACUUCUACUGGAUCGAUGGAAUCUAUAAGAAUGGCGAGUUCGGCUGCACCCUUCAGGGCAUCACCACCAACCAAUCGAAAACCUUCCCCAACAUCUCCACCACUGCUGACGUCACUCUUUUUGAAGGAGGCUACUGGGCAGCUUCCGUCUGCCGCCAGCCCCUCAAGGCGCUCCGAGUGCACCUGGCGGAGUUUGCCCGCUGGGCGCUUGCUGCUGCACCCGUGAAAGGCAGGGUUAUUUUCCGAACUAUCCCGUCUUUUCCGGUGGCUGGGGACCAGUGUAACGCGUGGUACCCGGGGCCGAGUUCGAACCGGGUGGCUAUGGCGAUUAAUGUGCUGCUGAAGCAUAUAGUGCAGGGUAGAGAAGUGGGUGGAGAGGGAAUAGGCGUGGAGGGAGCAAUGGCAGGAAAAAUAGGAGGAAGGAGAAGUGGAGGAGAGACAGGAAAGCUAGUUUAUCUUGAUUCUAGCUUGCAGCUAUUACCCCGAGACUCUGAGGAUGGGGAGGAAAAUGGAGAGGGAGCAGGAGCUGAGAACAACGGAGCAGCUAAGGGUAAUGGAGCAAAUUCGGAUUUCCUAGGUGAUAAUGGGGCAACAGCCGAUGGGAAUCGGGCAGCGGCAACAGUGCUGGACACGUGGCAGGUGGACGCCUCUCGGUAUGCUGACACAGCAGCCCCCAGUAAUCACCACUAUUCCAUGGUGCGGGGCACACCAGAAGGUGCAGUGGUGGUGGGGGAGGUCGGGGAAGCCCAGGUGCGGGCCUUCAUUCACUACCUGCUGCACAUACUGCCACCACCCCAUGCGAGCACACUCUAG